GUUUCAGUCAAGCAUUCACCUUGUUCACACAGGAUGAGCCACCACUUAACCAAACUUUGAUGUUCUUCAUCCUGCCAGGCUAUGAAGUGAGGACGUACCGAGAGUGUGAAACGCCACCAUAGCGGAGGAUCUGUGCUGUUUUUUUCCUUACAAUGUGAUGGAUCCCACUGAAAGGCAAAAUGGAACAAUCCAGAGACAAGAUGCAAUCGUCACUGACCUCCCCAUGCCUCUGACAGAGGAUCCACAGGAAACACAUAUUUAUGAGGAAAUCCUCCCUCCUGAAAACGAUGACGCACAUUUGUAUGAGAGCACCUUGGCUGGGCUCAUAUCUCCCACCGAACCUCAGCCUCAACCCCCAGGGAAUACCGGGAACACUGAUCUCCACAACACAAAUGGACCUCAUCCAGUCCGUCGCCCUCCCCCUCUCCCUCCAGUCAGAACCAGGCUCCCCAGUGCAUGUCUGCCAGUUAGACAAGGCCAAGCAGCCCCUCCUGUUCCCUCCAGGAAACACAUUCCGGUCGGCAAAUUCAACAAGCAGUUUUCCUGUAACCUCACUGAGCCUGUUCAGAAACUGAAUCGAUCCAGGACAGAAAUUGACAAUAAUGAUCCAUGGGCCAUCAAACUAAUAGAUACCCCACAAGGCAGCACCAAGAGGCUGGCUUCUUUCUGUGACGCAACUUCCAGGCUGAUGUCAUGUUACAAACAUGCAGACAGUGUUCAUAACUCAGGUAUGGUGUGGGGUCGAGUGAUACAAAUCCACCCCGCACUGCUGCAGCAGGUGGAGGUGACUGUCAGUGUGGCCAAACAUUGGGACAAUCACCAGCUGCCCUUCCCCACCACCGUGAACAGGACAGUGCAGAGUCUGAUUGAUGAACUCUUCCAGCUGCUGGACCUCACUCCCAGCACAAGUGAGCAUUAUGUUCUGAAGCUUUGCAACUCUGAGGAGUAUCUCCGAAAUGAAGAACUGCUGGGUAUGCAUGAGAUUAUUCAGAUCUGCUACAAGUUUAAACAAGUGGUCCCCCUCCGACUGCUCCACGUGAGCAGCCUUAAACACCGUCUGGCCAGGGAUGAAGAAGAUGACAGGAACCCAUGCCACGUGUACCAGUUCCUGCGUCCUGCCUGUGUCUUCAACACUUGCAAACUGAGCCUGCAGGAUGUGCUCAACAACUACAACAGAGAGUUUACAGAGCUCAUUGAAAGUAAGUCUGGGAAGAACAUUAAAGCGCUUGAGGGCCAUGUUCGCGCCAUCAGCAGCCUUCUGUGUGGGUUCUCGUGUCAGGAGUUGGAGGACACCAUUGCCUGGCUUAACAGACUCAAUCCCACACCUUUGAGUCAUGAUGAGAUAUCUGAUUGUGAAAGUGCGAUGAUCAUGCUCCACGGGGCGCUGCAAAAAUUGCUGCAGAUCUUUUUCAGCAACUUCCAGUCAGACUUCAGAGGUCAGGAGGUAGCCUGUCACCUGGAAACCCGUGAUGUUGAGGACGACACUGAAAUCUGCCAGUUCAGCAUUGCUGCUCUUUACCAACUGCAGCGUUCCUGGCUGACCACUUACGAGUACUUCUCUGUUUCCUGUGAGCUGACGUACAGAGGACAGAAGAUCUGUGACACUGGCGUUUCCGAAAACAUCAGCACUGCCUUGUCAUUUGGAAACAAGAUCCAGUGUAACCGCAUGAUGGUGUUUCCUGUCCCAGUAAAAGAGCUGCCAUUUGAGACCAUGCUGACAUUUCACUUCAAAGGCUCCAAGAAAGGAAAGAGCCCAGAGCUUUUAGGCUGGGCUGUAUUGCCUCUUUACAGCAACAGGACUCUGGUGUCAGGGACCGUCCUGCUCAGUUUGUCCACGCUGGCUGAGAUUUCUGCUCCUCCCUCCCCUGCCCUGUUUGACAGCCACACACAAGCCAUCGGGGUCAUACUACAGCUCGAGUUUCAAAAUCAGUUUAAGUGGACGUAUCAGAGGCCCAUCGCAUUCCCCGGUUCAAUCGUUUACUCUCAGCCCUGUGAGGAGCUGAAAAAGAAAAUGCUGGAGGUCUCCAAGAAGCACUGCCUCUGCUUUCUGACAGACAAUGAGAAGACUUUCCUCUGGGAAAAGCGUCACUCUGCUGACAAAGGAAGUACUUUCCUCCACCUGCUGCUGGGUGGAGCGUGCCGCUGGCAGCCUGAAUACUUGACAGAAAUCUAUACUGUGGUAGAUAACUGGCCCAUCCAUCUACCAGAGGAGGCGCUCUUCCUGCUCAGUGAUAGUUUUCAUGAUCAGAUCGUGCGGAGAGCUGCAGUUCAGUACUUCGAACAGAUACCAGAUGCCGAACUCGAGAUGUUUCUGCCACAGCUGGUCCAGGCUCUGAAGAGUGAGUGGGAGUUGGAUGGACCCCUGGUGAUGCUGCUGCUGGAGAGAUCACUGAGGAACAUACGAAUCGCCCAUCAGCUCUACUGGCUGCUGGAGGAUGCCCACACUGACCCCUACUACCAGAGCUGGUACAGUAAGAUUCAGGCUGCCCUGCGGCACUGCUGUGGCCAGAAACUGAGGCAGGAGCUGGAGCACGAAACCCGCCUGGUGUUCCUGCUUGUACAGGUGGCUGAUAGAAUUCGCACUUCUGACAAGGCUCGACGUAAGAAUGUUUUGAAAAAAGAAAAGUCCAAGCUUGAUGACUUCUUCACAGAUGGGAUCAGCUGUUGUCUACCAUUGGAUCCUGCAGUCCGUGUAAAGGCAGUCGACUUGGAUGCCUGUAAGUUCUACAACUCGAAUGCUGCUCCCCUGGGGAUCUCAUUCAUUUGUACCGACCCUCUGGCCAAGAACAUCAGUGUCAUCUGCAAGACAGGAGAUAACCUGCGCCAGGACAUGCUGGUACUUCAGAUAGUCCGUGUGAUGGACAGUGUGUGGCUCCAGGAGGGACUGGACCUGCAGAUGAUCACCUACAGGUGUCUUUCAACAGGCAGAGAUCAGGGUCUGGUGGAAGUGGUUCCGGAUGCAGUGACCCUGGGGAAGAUUCAGCAGGAGUGGGGUCUGGGUGGAACCCUGCGUGAGGACACACUGGAGAAAUGGUUCCAUGUGUGGAACAAAACUAAGGAGGACUAUGAGAAGGCUGUGAUGAACUUCAUCCACUCAUGCGCAGGUUGGUGCGUGGCCACGUUCAUCUUGGGGAUCUGUGACCGCCACAAUGACAACAUCAUGUUGAAACACAGUGGACACAUGUUCCACAUUGACUUUGGCAAGAUUAUGGGCAAUGCACAGAAGUUUGGAAGCUUUAAAAGGGACCGGUCUCCAUUCAUCUUUACUUCUGAGAUGCAGCACUUCAUCACAGGUGGGGGACAGAAGCCUCAGCGCUUGCAUCGCUUUGUGGAGCUCUGCUGUGAAGCUUACAACAUAAUCAGAAAUCGCUCUGCACUGAUACUCAGCAUGCUGGAGCUGAUGCUACAUGCAGGUCUAACAGAACUGAAAGACUCAAAUGACCUGCAGUAUGUCCAGAACAACCUCCGACCUAAUAGCACUGACCUUGAGGCCACAUCCUACUUUACAAAGAAGAUCAAAGAGAGCAUGGGCUGUUUUGCAGUCAAGUUAAACUUCCUGACACACAACAUGGCUCAAGGGAAGAAACAAGAGCCGCUAACCAAAGACGGCAUCCCCAAACCCAGCACCAACAUCCAAGAAGCUGUCAUCCAGGGGUUCACCGUCAAGGGAAAAGAUGUGAUCUAUUCCCUGAGAGUGACCAUUCAUGAUGGCUACCUGACCAGUGAGAAGACAUUUGGGCAGUUUGAGCUGAUUCACAAGCAGCUGCAGAAAUACUUCAUUGAAUCCAUGCUGCCUCAGUUUCCUAGCUGGUAUAAGAUGUCUUUCACCCCAUCAAGGAAGAUGUCUCUGCUGAACAAAUACCUAAAACAGCUGUUUGAGGGACCAUGCAAGGGAAAUGAAUUUGUGUGCAGCUUGUUCCUGGAUGGCCCCAGCAAACUCCAGGAAAGUGUGAUGACAGGAGCCCGUCCUCAGAUCCAGCUGUGUAUUUCUUACAGCCACUGUAAACUCUCCGUCUUGGUAAAACACCUGAAGAAUGUUAAACAAGCAAAUGGCUCCAACCCUGACGCCUACGUGGUCACACGUCUGAGACCGGACCCUCCACAGCGCUCCAAGAGGAAGACGAAGGUGGUCCGCAAUAAUGACAACCCCACAUUCAAUGAACUGCUGGAGUACAGUUUUGUCCCACUCCUGUAUGGGAUGGUGCUGGAAGUGACAGUGAAGAGCAGGAAGACUUUUGUGGCUGCAACCAACAUUAAACUGGAUGGCGAGUUGCUUGGCAAGGAAACAUGGUUUCCCCUCGGGAACUGUGCAAUCUAACAUCAGAGAGUUGCACUGCAUGCCUGCUGCCAGCAGGGGGUGCAGCCACACUGAGGGAGAGACUCCUGUAACUGUAUAUAAGAGACAAAUUCACCUGAGAAGAGGAGCUAUGCUCUCAUCUUUACCUGUUUAUCAGAUGCAGCUUAACCUCACUGCAGAGCUAAAUGCAUUGGCUGUGGAUGGGGUGUUUGCAUGACGUUACAAAGCUGAGCUAAACGACUCAGGGAAAGAGUCUUUUUACUGUGUGAAGCACCAUUUACCUAAUCCAUUUUAUUUUUAAAUGUUCAAAUCAAGAGGACAUUUGCUAAGUAAGUCUGAUUUUUUUUUUUUUUUUUUUGAUGUAGCCUUGGUGAAGGAUGAAGGAAAGAAACUAUUACUUUUAUUAUCAUUUGUGCACUUUCAUUUGCACUUAAGCUUUGUCCCUCUAAAUAUUUGUGUUCGAGGUGACACAGUGCUGUGAGGAGCUUGGUUGCCUGUUGCCUGCCCAGACUGAAUGUUUGUCCCUUUCGGCUGUGUCAACUGUGUCCUUGACCGGUGGAAUUGAGGGUGGGAGAGUGAGAAAGGGAGGAGAGGGGUGAGGAGAGUGUGUGAGCAGGAUGACAACUCUGUCUCUCUGGCUUGAGGGGCCGAGUUAACACUCUCCCCCUCUUCUCCCUCCUUUGUCUUAUCCAUCAGUGGCAUUCAAACACAGUUAUGCACAUGCAUGCACAAACAGGCAAAGGCAGACACUCGCAUGCCGACACACUUACCGCUGAAAAAGCACCAACACACACACAUUUACUCACUCACACUUUGAAGGCUAAGGCAGGUCUUAAUGCCAUCCUCCUCCUGACAGGCUUGGUGACCCGUCCUCUCCUCCGCCUCAUUCACAGGAUUUAGUGAUGAACAUGGAUAGAAAUAGACUUCCCUGCACUGGAUUUGGUUCAAUAAUGUAUACCUCUGUGAAUGCUAUUUAUAUUAUUCCCUGCUGGGUCUCUCGCGGGGAGGUAGGCUUGGAAGAAAAUGCUGGCUGCUACUCUUUUCAUAGUAAUGUUCAUGGAGUAUUAAUGUAUCCUGGCAUGACUCAUCGAUUUCAGCCCCUAAUAUAAGAAUUAUAUCUAUUGUUUUGGAAUGGAUGAUCCGAAAAAACAGUCUCUUGUGGUUUGGUUAGAUCAUCUCAUGUGUGAUCUACUCUCCCACAAUAAUUGCACUUGCAUCAAUUAUUAAUUCUGUAGUAAGAACCUAAUAAGUUACUCCAGGGAUUUCUCCUUUACUUGAGUGAUUCAGACAGAGCGUUAUUCUUCGUUAGAGGUCUUUUCAGCUCUGCUGGAAGCUUCUGGUGUUUUCCUCUGCAGCACACAGUGCAGGCAGCAGAAAAAGGCACGUCUAUUUUCUGACAAUAAAACUGGUAUUUAUAUCUG